AUGGAAACCAUCACGGGUCUAGGAGUAGCCAAGCCAAACACGUAUCCAAACGUGGAAAAGAUCACGUACAAGCCAGCGGAGCUAAGACCAACGGACGUGGACAUCAAGAUUAUUGCCUGUGGGAUAUGUGGAGCAGAUCCACAUUUUGUCCGGGGCGAUUGGGGCGGACCACAUCUACCGAUCAUCCCAGGACACGAGAUUAUCGGACAUGUUGUGCACAAGGGGUCGGAAGUGAGUGACGAGGAGUUCAAGGUUGGUGACCGGGUGGGUGUCGGUGCACUAGCAGACAGUUGUGCUAGCUGCUACCGCUGCAAGCACGGGUUCGAAAACAAUUGCAGACAGGCAGUGACGACAUACGGUAACCAUGUUUCGAUGCCAGAGAGACAGGGCGGAUAUGCGUCACACACGAGAGUCAACUCGAAAUUUGUUUUCAAAAUCCCAGACAACAUCUCCACCGAACAUGCCGCUCCGUUGAUGUGCGGAGGCAUGACCAGUUUGAGUCCUCUUUUAGCCACCGGUGUGUCAAAAGACACCAGAGUCGGCAUUGUCGGAAUUGGCGGUAUCGGCCAUAUGGGCAUCAUGUUUGCCAAGGCGUUGGGAGCACAUGUAACCGCUCUCUCCAGCUCGGAGAAGAAGAAGCAGUUGGCCCUCGAUUUGGGUGCAGACCGUUUUGUCGCCACCGACGACCCAGACUUCGUGGAGAAGAACCUGGACGCCUUCGAUGUUGUUGUUCAUACCGGGGCAUUUGUUAACAACAAGAUGAUCUCCGAUAUGACAAAAAUGUUGAGACCGAACGGUCGUUUGCAGCUCAUUACCGGACCGGAUUUGGAGGAUAUGUCUCUCAACUUGAAUGUUUUCGAUUUAAUCAUGAACAACGCCAAUGUCGGCGGCAUUGCGUCUGGCUCUGGCGCUCAGAUCAAGUACAUGCUAAAGCUUGCCUCAGAGAACAACAUCGUUCCUAUGGUUGAAACCAUCAACAUCAGCGAAGCAAAUGUGAAGAAGGCAUGGAACAGAUUGGACUCAAACGAUGUCAAGUUCAGAUUCGUUCUCACUGGAUACGACGAGUUUUUUAAAUGA